CUGAACCACCAAGCACCUUCGGGUUCAUCAAAGCAGCCUGUGUUUCAUCAAUCUUUUCCUUGGACCUUUCCAGUUGGCUGUUGUUCAUGGGAUUCUGAUCGCUGCACAAGGCUGUUACAUAAUAGCAGCGUGCGGCUUGACUGCUGCUUGACGAAAUGGAGAAUCAACCUGCGGCUGGUAACUCACCAGCCGCGCCGCUGAUUCAACAAAACUCAGCCCUAAUCCGAACCGAUCAGGUUCAGAAACUCCCACAUUUGGGCGACUCGCAGAAACAAACACACACUGCUCUGGUGCGGGGUCUCUGGGACAUCCUCAACUCACAUCCUCCAGGUUCCAACGAGUACAACGGCGCCCACACAAAAUUAACCCAGGUCUCGCAGAAUCUCAUGAGAGGCAUGAGAAUGUUCCAAGCAAGUCGCCAACAGCAGCUGCAGCAGCUUGCUCAGCAACAGCAACAGCAAGCCCAACACAUCCAGGCCCAGGCCCAGGCAGUUCAAGCUCAGACCCAGGCUCAAGCGCAGCAGCAGCAGCAGCAGCAACAGCCGCAGACGACCCAGCAGCAGACCCAGCAGACCCAGCAGGGGCCUCAGCAGCAAACCCAGCCGCAGUCGCAGCCGCAGCAAGCCCAGAUGAGUCGCCCUCCCACCACCACCACCCCCCAAGCCGUUGCCAAUCCCGCGAGCCAAGCACGACCCCAGAUGGGUAUCCCGCAGAGCUUCCAGCAGUUGCUCCCCCAGAUUCGCGCCAAGGUCGACACCUUGACCUUUAUCCUCCCUCCCACGAUUACAAAGGAUCAGUCCGAUGGCUGGAUGCAGGAGGCAAGGCUCCGAUAUGGUCUCGCGUUACAGAAACAAGAGCUGGGCAAGGUUAAGCUGAGUGAUUUACGCCAGCAGUAUAAUCAGCGCCAGAGUGCCGGAAACCUGUCCCAAGAGGAGAUCCAGGAGUUCAAGAACCGCCAGACAGCUGCUGAAAGACUCUUACGCGAGGGAAGCGACUUCCUGGGAAAGUUCAAAGAACAGCAGGAGAGUUUCCGCGUGCAGACCCAGCAGCUCGCAGCAAGCCGACAAGCAGGUCAAAAUGCGCCUUUGCAAGGCCAAAUGGGUGCUGACGGCCGUCCCCAGCAACCCGUUACUACGGCACCCGCUCCGCAUACCAUUAAUUCUGCUGUCGUUGCCGCCCGUGCCGGUCAAGCCCCUUCCCAGAUGCCUGGUCAGCCUGCAACUGCCGUCACUGGUGCAACCCACGCGCCAAUCCAGCCACCGGUAACCGCUGUUCAAGGCACAACAUUAAGCGCGUUUGGUCAGCAAGCUGCCCAAGAGGGAACUGCCGCCGCUUCCCAGACCCCAACCACUCAAGGUCCCCCACGCCCGUUGUCUCAACAAGCUGCCAUGGCGCAAGCUGCGCAAAAUUAUUCGAAUGCGAUGAAUCAACCACCAGCUACCACGCAGCCAGCGACUACUCAUGCGCACCCGCCAAACUAUGUCAGCAGCCGUGGCGACUCGCGCAACGUUACCAUGAAUAUUCAAAAGAAUCUGAACGUCCCUGCCCCGGAACCGGUUAGCAUGGCUCCGGCACGCCCGACUCUUACCAGUGGACCAAGCCAUGGGGCUACCGGCGUCAUGGGCCAGCCUGCCAUCCAGAAGCAUCCAGGUUAUGUUUUGGAGGGAGAAGGCCAGCAUGUUCUGAGCAAGAAGAUGCUAGAUGUCUUGGUGAAGCAAGUUACUGGCGGUGGAGAUGGAGAGGGUUUGACUCCAGAUGCUGAAGAGUUCCUCCUCCAAAUGGCUGAUGAUUUCGUCGACGACGUUAUCACUGCAGCUUGCCGUCUCGCAAAGCUCCGCCCUUCAGCCACCCUUGACAUUCGUGACAUCCAGCUUGUUUUGGAACGUAACUACAACAUGCGCAUUCCCGGGUUCACCGCAGAUGAUCUUCGCACCGUCAAGAAGCCACACCCCACGCAGGGUUGGAUUCAGAAGAUGUCUGCUGUCCAGGCUGCCAAAGUCACUCAGGGUCGCGCUGAUUAGGUGCUGAACCUGGGUCUAUUCAUGACUAUUUCCUAUUUCCUGUUUCCUUCCACCUUUGUACCUUUUACCUUUGCCGUCUACGUGCGCCUUCGGGAUGACCUUUUUUUUUCUUUUUUUUUUUUCCUACAAGCAAAGGAGCAAGGCUGGGAGUUUGUACAAACCUGGUUUAUGGCAUUUGGGGGGCCUGAUAAUAUGGGUGGCGCAUUUGCUUGGGAAUAUCGAAUCGCUGGAAGGCUUCCUCAGCUCGGCGUCAAAAACGGAGAUUUCGGAAUGGACACCCGGGUUUCGAUACUGCUGUACUACGGACUGGUUGCACAGAAUUUCUGGUGUUCUAAUUAGGGAUCCAAUAUAAAAGAUAGUAAAAAAGGAAAAAAAAUAUUUCAGUCUACUUGCCCCUGAC